GCGUCUGAGCCGCACUCCGCUCGCUCGCUGCAGCUGCUCCCUGUGAAACCAUGGCCCAGGAUAUCACCGUGAUGUGGGGCUCCGGCUCUCCCCCCUGCUGGAAGGCGCUGAUCGCGCUGCACGAGAAGAACCUGCAGGGCUACAACAGCGUGUUGCUGUCCUUCGACAAGAAGGAGCACAAGUCGCAGCAGGUGCUCGACAUUAACCCCAGGGGGCAGCUUCCUGCAUUCAAACACAAGGACCGUGUCGUCAAUGAGUCCUACGGCAUCUGCAUGUACUUGGAGAGCGAGUUCAAGUCCCAGGGAAACAAGCUGGUGCCGGACUGCGGCCGCGCGCAGGCGCGCAUGUACCAGCGCAUGUUUGAAGCCCAAACGAUGCAACAGAAGAUAAUGGAUGUUGUGGCGUACACCUGGAGGGUCCCAGAGGAUGAACGACACGACUCUGCUGUGAAGAGGAACGCCGAGGCCCUGACCGCUGAGCUCAAGCUGUGGGAGGGAUACCUGAAGACUGGACCAGGCCCGUUCCUGGCAGGGAAGGACUUCUCACUGGCUGAUGUGACCGUUUAUCCAAACAUCGCCUUUCUCUUCCGUUUCGGGUUAUGUGAGAAGCGCUACCCUAACCUGGCAACGUACUACAACUCCCUGAAGGACAGGCCCAGCAUCAAGGCCACCUGGCCUCCAACCUGGCUGGAGAACCCCCAGGGAAUGGACAUGCUGAAAGACUUUGAGUCAAACACACCCAGUUUUUCACAUUGUGUAAUCCGAAACUGCUUUUGCAACCCUCUGCUUUAAUGGAGUGAAAAUGAGGGAAAAAUGCUGUUUGUAAUGACGCAACCGGAGUUGAGAAGACCACAUGGGACCAGCUCUGGGCCAGAUGUCAAACAUGGGGCCUAAUAAAGACGCCUACCGUGAGUGGAUCAGAUGUGCCUCCACCUCCAGAGCUAAAUUAUUAGACUUAUUGAGAUUCCAUGACUUCCAGUGGAAAUGUUGUCUGCUUCCUUGUCUUCGUGUCCUUUUGUAACACCAACCACUUGUUAACCUCAAUAAAAAAAAUAACAUUUACAAAA